UUGACUUUAUAUAAAGGUGUUAUAAAAUAAUUUUAAAGUAUGGUAGCAACAUGUCUAGCCAAUCGGAACUAUUCUUUCAAAAAAUUCGAUCAAUAACAUGCCGCGCACCGGACUUCUUUACUUUUAAAUUGUGCUGUUUGUACUUUUGAUAAUUUCAAAGCUGACGAAGAAAGUAGAGAUUUAUUUCUUAACAAACGUUUUAUUUUACAAAUAAUGAAGAUCCGAAACAUAGUGGUAAAAGGAGCAUGUACGAAAAUUAUUUCUUUUUUUAGAGAAUACGGCCAUUUUGAUGCUGUGAAAGUUUACAUGAGAAUGUAAAUAAUACUUGAUUUGUUCUCACUAAAAGUAUGUCUAGAGGGCUAGAAGAUAUACCUUCUUAGACCUCAGUUAUAUUUGUCAGCAAAAUAUCAAAGAUCUUGUCAUUCUAUGAAUUUGUCUCGUGAAGUUUCCACUUAUACAGGGCUAACGAUCCAGUGCAACUUUAGUUGUUUCUUUGUACGAACAUUAUUCAGUCGAAUUUAAUAAUCAUGAAACGAAUAAAAAUUUUAAAUGAAUAUUAUACGAAUCUAGAUUAUAAUAAAAGCUACAGAGAAAAAGCAUUAAAAGAAAUACGCAAUCUAUCUCAGACUUUAAUCGCAGAAUUUAAUCAAAAUAUUAAUUUCUCAAAGAGAUUUCAAAUAUUGGUAAACAAAAUACAUGAGAAUUUCUUUCUUUUUGCAUCCGUUUGCAAACACAUAGAUGUAAUCCAAACUAUUUUAGAAUAUAUGACCAUUUACAUUAUGAGAUUUCAGCGUAACAUCACAGUUGAAAUGAGCCAGUUGAUUGAGCGAGAAAGUGGAUUCUACAUUCUAUUGGCUACACUCUUCUCUAUGUGUAGAGAACCUGCAAUACGAUCAUUUUUUUAUUCUAUCUUGCAAGAUAAUCCAAAGGAGGCUAAAAAUGUACGUGAAAAAGUGGAAUCUCAUAUAACAUUAUUAGAUGGUGAAAUGAUAAUUCUGGAGGAUUCAGACUUAUGUGCAGUUGUUAAAUGUUUGAUAAUAACAAUCAAUCUUAAUUUAUAUAAAAUAUGGGUACAAAAACGAGUGAAAGUGAAAUUUUUAUGGCUGACAAAGAAGUAUCAUUUAGAAAUAGGUAUACCUAUUUAUACCUUUCAAUCAUUGAAAGAUCUUCAGCCCUAUGUAUAUCCAAAGUAUACUACGAAGAUAAUAUCUAUAUGGUCGGAAGAUAUUGUUGCUGUGAAAAAUUUUGCAUUAUCUUUAAAUAGUCACAUAAUAUUCAUAAAUACAUAUAUGGAUUUUCGUGAUGGUAUCAUGUUCUUACCUUCGGAAAUAAUAAGCCACUCUAAACAUGAAACAUACUUGUCUAGUAUUCGUAAAGAAAAGGUACAUGAUGUAGAACCAAGUAUAUAUGAGUUCCGUUUGUCACAUACAGCUGAAAAGAAUGCUGGUACAAUUUACAAUCUAUUUUAUAAUGGUACAUGGCAAAAACCUAAAAAGCGCAUGUAUUGGGAGUAUAAUGGCAGUCUAUGGGCAAAUGCAUCAAAUGACGAUAUUCUAAGAUGUUAUGAGUCAGCCGAGAAAGGAUUCGAAACUUGGAGUACUAAACCUAUUAAAAUUAGAACACAAAUAUUAUCAAAGUUUGUGUCCACAUUAAAAGAUAAUGGCAAAAUUGGAUUGGCAGCUAUAAUAGAGAGAUUGUUAAAAUGCCCUUAUCUUUAUGAAAGUAUACAGGGAUUUCGUAAUACAAAGAUAGAAGUAAUAAAUACUCGUAUUCCAUUAGGUGUCAUCAUUCUUAGAGAGAAAAAUGAAAAUGUUUUCUUUUUACGAUUAAUACAAACUUUAAUUGCUGGCAAUUCUGUCAUUGUGAUGAGUUAUGACCCAAAUUUUUAUAAUUUUGCACCAUAUUGUGAUAUGUUUUCAACAUGUGGAAUACCUCCAGGUGUCAUAAAUUUGUUGUCACAUGAAAACACACAUUUUCUGGAAUUUAGAUUAUGCGUAGACAAAUAUGUAUACUAUGCCAAUAAGUAUUUUUUGAAAUGUUUCUCACUGGAAUCGUAUAUUUUACAAUAUAAACUGCUUACUGUACCAAAGCAAAUUAUAUUGCAUCUUGUAUAACUUUUACAAUAUUCGGCAUGUAAUGUUUGUAUUUAAUGUAUGCAUACAAUUAUAAACAUAUUGAUACAUUUA